AACAACAACAAGGCCGCCAAAGAAAACCCGAUAAGCUGUUCCGUCCCCUUCGUUCUCGCUUGCUCGCCGCCUCGCCCCAAUGUGGCCUUCCUGGGUGAAGAGACGCGCUCCCAGGUCUACCUCCACCCCAUGCCCAUCCAUCGAGCUCGUCGCCGCUGCCGCCACCCCCUCCCUCAAAGACAUCCUCUCCCUGCUCCACCCGGAGCCCGCUGCCAACCCGCCGCAGCCCGGCGCGCCGUCGCCGCGCGUCUUCCAUCGUCUCCGAGUCGCGGCCUCCGCUCUCCGGCUCCUCCGCGCCCUCCAGCCGGCGCAGGUCGCCGCCGGGGAGGAAACCCAGGUCGCCUGCGACGAGGAAACCCAGGUCGCCUGCGAAGAGGAAGCGCAGGCCGCCGCCGCCGCCGAGGAGGAAGGCGGGCGGCUGGUGCUGUACUUCACCUCGCUCCAGGCCAUCCGCCGCACCUUCGAGGACUGCAGCGCCGUGCGCGCCAUCCUGCGGGGGCUCCGCGCCGCCGUCGACGAGCGCGACCUCUCCAUGGACGCCAGCUUCGGCCCGGAGCUCGCCGCGCUCCUGCCAGGCCGCCCCCUCGCCGACCUGACCCUGCCCCAGCUCUUCGCCGGCCGCCGGCACCUCGGCGGCGCCGACGAGGUCCGCCGCCUCCACGAGUCCGGCCAGCUCGCCCGCAUCGUCGCGCCCGCGCCCGCCCCCUGCGCCCGCUGCCGCGGCGUGCGCUUUGUGCUCUGCGGCAGCUGCAGCGGGAGCCACAAGCAGUUCACCUUGAAGCUCAGCGGCGUCGGCGGGCGGUUCCGCGAGUGCGCCGACUGCAACAAGAACGGCCUCGUCCGGUGCCCCGCCUGCUUCCCCCCGGCCGCCUGAAUGCCUGAUCCAGAUCCAGGUCCCGGUGGCUGUGGCUGUGGCUGUGGUUCACCAUCAAUUACUCAACUCUUUACUGCCGGCGGUACGACAGCUACUUCUCAUCAACGACAGCUGCUCAGUUCAGACCGUCAGUGUCCUGCCUUGUCUCUGAUCCUAGUAGUAUCUUUUAUAUGCAGGAAUAGUUAAUUUUUUUUCAUGCAGGAAUAGUUCGAUAUACUUAGACAUUUAGUCAAAGCAGUUUAAACCGAGUUUGCCGAUCAUUGCCUGGGGUCUGGAUUCUCGAGUUUUAAUUUAGCUUUGGCGCUUUCAUUAGAAACCUUCGGAAGAUUCUGCUGUUAAUCUUUCUCCUCUCGGUGAGUCCAAUCCUAAGCCAUACGAGAUGUGAGAUUAUACAAGGGUCCAUUAUACAAUCAUAUUAGUACUAUUUUAUACUGUAUACUUGAUACAUCCGUGUUCA